AUAGAGACAUAUCAGCAAGCAACGUCUUGCUUAACUCUAAAUGGGAGCCCACUGUUUCUGAUUUUGGCACAGCCCGAUUUCUCAACCUUGAUUCAUCCAAUCGAACUAUAGUUGCUGGAACCAUUGGAUACAUAGCACCUGAGCUUGCAUAUACAAUGGUGGUGAAUGAAAAGUGUGAUGUGUAUAGCUUCGGAGUGGUGGCACUGGAAACUUUGAUGGGAAAACAUCCUAAAGAAAUACUCUCAUCACUUCAAUCAACUUGUACUGAUGAUGACAUCAAAUUAUGUGAUAUAUUGGAUCAACGCCUCUCGCACCCAACAUUCUCAGUUUUACAAGACAUAGUUGUUGUUGCCAUUGUGACUUUUGCAUGCUUAAAUCCCAAUCCUUGUUCUCGUCCAACAAUGAAACGCAUCUCUCAAUGUUUCCUUAGUCAACUCAUACCAUUAAACAUUCCUUUACAUCAUAUUUCGUUGCAACAACUCAUGAGUCAAGAACUUAGAUCCUCUUUGAAAUUGUAAACUCCUGUAAGUAUUUUCAGCAAUAACUCAAAAUCCUUAGUAUAAUACAAAGUAGAAAAUCUGUUUGGUAUCAAGUUAUAUUUAUCCACU